GUGCGCUGAUUGGCUGAGGCGCAACGUCGCCUCCAGCUGGCCAAUCAGCGUGGGCCACGGUGGGAUUUUUCGAUCUACUUUUUUUGGGAGACGCAGCGGCGGCCGGCUGAGUGUGUUGCUAACGCAGGAGACGAGCGGUUCAAACCAUGAGACUUUUACUUGGAGUGUUGGGCUGCUCCCUGGUCCUGUCUGUCCAAGCCCUUUACUCAGCUAGUGAUGAUGUGAUCGAGCUCACCGCCUCCAACUUCAACAGAGAGGUGAUCCAGAGUGACAGUCUGUGGCUGGUGGAGUUUUACGCUCCCUGGUGUGGCCACUGUCAAAAUCUUGCUCCAGAUUGGAAGAAGGCAGCCACUGCCCUCAAGGGUAUUGUCAAGGUUGGUGCUGUAGAUGCAGACCAGCACAAAUCACUGGGUGGUCAGUAUGGUGUCAGAGGUUUCCCCACCAUCAAGAUCUUUGGAGCCAAUAAGAACAAGCCAGAUGAGUACCAAGGUGGGCGCAGCAGCCAGGCCAUCGUGGAUGGAGCCAUGAACGCUUUGCGUGCCCUGGUGAAAGAGAGGCUGAGCGGCAAGUCGGGCGGCUCUGGCUACAGUAAACAGCAGCAGAGCAGCAGUGGGAGCAAGAAGGAUGUAGUCGAGCUCACUGAUGACAACUUCGACAAGAUGGUGCUGGAGAGUGACGAUGUGUGGAUGGUUGAGUUCUUCGCUCCCUGGUGUGGACACUGCAAAAACCUGGAGCCUGAGUGGGCAGCUGCUGCCACAGCUGUCAAGGAGCAGACCAAGGGCAAAGUUCGCCUUGGAGCUGUGGAUGCUACUGUACACCAGGUUUUGUCCAGCCGCUAUGGGAUCCGAGGAUUUCCCACCAUCAAGAUUUUCCGCAAAGGCGAGGAGCCCGAAGACUACCAAGGAGGCCGCUCCCGAGGUGACAUCAUCGAGAGGGCUUUGGAUCUGUUCUCUGACAACGCAUCUCCUCCUGAGCUGCUGGAGAUCCUUAGUGAAGACACCAUGAAGAACACCUGUGAGGACAGCCAGCUGUGUAUAAUUGCUGUCCUGCCACACAUCCUGGACACAGGUGCAGCAGGUAGAAAUGGUUACCUUGAGGUAAUGAUGAAGAUGGCGGACAAGUACAAGAAGAAGAUGUGGGGCUGGCUGUGGACUGAGGCAGGAGCCCAGAUGGAGCUGGAGGCCUCUCUGGGUAUUGGUGGAUUUGGCUACCCUGCCAUGGCCGCCAUCAACACUCGCAAGAUGAAAUUUGCGCUCCUCAGGGGCUCCUUCAGUGAGACUGGCAUUCACGAGUUCCUCAGGGAGCUUUCUGUGGGCCGUGGCUCAACAGCCACCUUGGGAGGAGGUGCCAUGCCCAAGAUUCACGCUGUUGAACCCUGGGACGGCAAAGAUGGACAGCUUCCUGUGGAGGAGGACUACGACCUCAGUGAUGUCGACCUGGAUGAUGACUUUGGCAAGGACGAGUUAUGAGCCCAACCUGGACGGGAUCUUAUCCAAAUAGUCUUGGUUGGAUCUGGUCUGAUCUUGUCCUGCGCUACACGCCUCCCUUCUCCUGUGGACGAAUGGGAGGCCCGGGUUGCCCAGUUACUGAAAUACUCCAGAAAAGACACAUGAGAGACACCUGCAGUUUCUCACAUAAUUUUUGUCACUCAGGCGGGGACGGGACGGGAGGGGAGGGGUGGGGACAUGUGCCGUGUCCCUGGAGUGAACUCUGCCUCACAUACCUGCUGAACGUUAGAAGCUGCGUAUUUAUAUGGCCACCGCCAGCUGACGAGAGGAGGGAGGAGGUUCUGAAUCUGGCAUUUCAGUUCUCCAUUUUAAGUGUACUUUAAACAUCGUUCCCCUCUCCCUCCUUCAGCCACCCUCGAGCACCUAUUUUAAGAUGUGGAUUGUCAAAGUCAUGCUUCAAUGUCCAACCUGAUGUGACUUACGUAUGUUUUUUUUUUUUUCUCUUUUUAAAUCAGUAAGUGUGAAUCUUGGGAGGGUUUACAUCAUGUCUGUCCGGGACAAGGGGAUACUGUGGGACUUCCUGUGUAGAUUUUUCUUACACGACUUUAUUUCAAUUCUGUGAAAACAAAAUGACAUUUUUGUUACAAAAAUAAAAAGGAAUAAAAACAA